AUGACACAAGUCUCAACCCCCAAAUCAUAUCCGAGCGUACGAUGGACCUCUUUCGAGUGGGAUUACAACGGCAUGAAGGAGCGUUUGGAGUCAGCGCUGGCUGGGCUCAACAAAGACGCCCUUUUGUCUCAUUCUGAGCUCAUAAAAGGCCAGAAACUCUUUAUGAGUGAGAAAUUCGCAGCGGGCCAAUACUGGAUCUGUUUUGAGAUGGUCGCCGAGGACGGCACUCUAGUCAUUGCUCGCGUUCGAUUGCCCUGGCAUCCCAAAACUCUACCAACGGUCAGCGAGGAAGACGAACUUUACGCGAUUUCAUGCGAGGUCUCAACGAUGCAGUUUGUCGCCAAAAAAACCCUAUCAUCUGUGGUUGUUCCAAAAGUUUACGUCUACGAAGGCCCAGGGUCCCAACGAGCAAUUGCUGCAGGUGCUAUUUACAUGCUGAUAGAGGGCUUUUGUGGGAAUACGUUACGAGAUGUUGCAUCUGAUAUAUGCGAUUUACCGCUAUCAUCGGUGUCCUUUUUAUACUGGCACCACAGUGAAAAGCAUAGCUCACCAGCAGAAGAGGGCAGUCACCACAAUGUUGGCGUUUUGCUUAAAGUACCGCAGGCUCAAGCUGGUGAAGGAGAACUCCUACCUGAUGACUGGGCAGGACACGCCAAGGACCUACCGUUGAAGGCGCCUCCGGGCGGGCGGCCCACACUGGGUCAUCGUCGAAACCGAUCAUCCGCGUCCUCUGGAGAGUCACCACAGGUCAACCUUGUGGUGGAGUCCGAGCGGGCAACGCUGCAAUGCGCAAUGUGUUGGCCCAAGGUGUCACCCCCCCCCCUCCACACCAUCCCCGCUAUCCAGGCAUUCAUGCCCACUGUGACCCCUGAGGAGAACAGGGCGGAAUUCGAUCGGAUCAUGGCAAUGCUCGAGCGUGUUAAGCUCGCACUGUGA